UUGGCCUUUUCGUGGGUUUUGUAUCUUUCUGCUAUAUAGAUAGAUUGAGAGAGUGAUAUACUGAUGUUGAUCUUGAGAGGAUAUGGUGGUUUCGCAGAGGAUGAACAGGGGAGGACUAAAAACCAACAACACACAACCAUGGAAUUCGUGGGGAUCGAUUACAUACCCAUAGAAAUCACGCCCCAGUAUUCUCAAAUCUCCACUUUCUCAGAAUUUCAGGCUUAGUAUGUGUUUGUUUCUGGAGAAAGUUCCCCUUUUUAUUCAUCUUUUCCAGCCCAAAUGUUCUUAUCCAUUCAAAACCGUGUUCAGUUGUGAAAUACAGUACUUUUAGCAUGUGGGUUUUUGGUCUUGUGAAGUUUUAGCAUCCGGGUUAUAGGUAAAAAGGGACAUUUCUUAUUAUGGUAAUGGUGAGUUUGCCUUUUGGGAUUCUGAUUCUCAGAGCCACUUUUGCUUGGAAGUUGUUUGGAUAAGGCAAAUAGAGAUUAUAAAUUCAUGUGAGAAUGGUUUCUGUUCUUGUUGGUUUUAGUGGUUUUGAUUAGUGAAGUUAAUGAGGAUAUAGUAUGGAAAGGAGUUCUAUGUUCUGGAUAGUGGGAUUACUGGUUGUGGCAUUGAUGGGGUUUUCUUCUGCAACUCUUUCUCCUACUGGUAUAAAUUAUGAAGUUGUAGCUUUGAUGGCUAUAAAAUCCGAUCUAAAUGACCCAUACAAUGUUCUGGAGAAUUGGGAUAUUAAUUCUGUAGAUCCUUGUAGUUGGAGGAUGGUUACUUGCUCUGAUGGAUAUGUUUCUGCUCUAGGACUGCCUAGUCAGAACUUGUCUGGGAUUCUAUCUCCAGGGGUUGGAAACCUUAGUAACUUGCAAUCUGUGCUUCUGCAGAACAAUGCCAUUUCUGGUCCUAUUCCUGCCUCAAUUGGGAAGUUGGAGAAGCUUCAGACACUUGAUCUCUCCAACAAUAAUUUUAAUGGUGAAAUACCCAGUUCUUUAGGGGACCUCAAGAACCUGAAUUAUUUGCGAUUAAGCAACAAUAGCCUUACAGGAGCCAUUCCCGAAUCCUUAUCCGAAGUUGAAGGUCUCACUCUUGUGGACCUUUCUUUCAACAAUCUCAGCAGUUCUUUAACGAAAAUACCAGCACGAACUUUCAAAAUAAUUGGCAACCCUUUAAUUUGUGGGCAGAGUUCUGAUAACAAGUGUUCUGCUGUCUAUCCAGAGCCUCUUGCAUUCCCACCGGAUGGUGUAAGAGCUCAACCUGAAUCUGGGAUGAAAAGGCAUCAUAUGGCUAUUGCUUUUGGUUCAAGCUUCAGCGCUGCUUUUUUAAUCAUAAUAAUUGUUGGCUCACUUGUUUGGUGGCGGUAUAGACAUAAUCAACAGGUUUUCUUUGAUGUUAACGAUCAAUAUGAUCCAGAGGUAUGCUUGGGGCAUUUGAAAAGGUAUACAUUUAAGGAACUCCGGGCUGCAACUGACCAUUUUAACUCAAAGAAUAUUUUAGGAAGGGGUGGAUUCGGAAUUGUAUACAAGGGUUGCUUACACGAUGGGACUCUGGUGGCGGUGAAAAGGUUGAAGGACUAUAAUGCUGUUGGUGGUGAAAUCCAAUUUCAGACAGAAGUAGAGAUGAUUAGUUUGGCUGUCCAUCGGAAUCUUCUCCGACUUUGGGGGUUUUGCACCACUGAAAGUGAACGGCUUCUUGUUUAUCCAUAUAUGCCAAAUGGGAGCGUAGCAUCUAGAUUGAGAGAUCAUGUUCAUGGUAGGCCAUUUUUAGACUGGUCAAGUAGAAAGAGGAUAGCUUUGGGAACGGCAAGGGGACUGGUAUACCUGCAUGAGCAGUGUGAUCCCAAGAUUAUUCACCGUGAUGUCAAAGCAGCCAAUAUUUUGUUGGAUGAAGACUUUGAGGCAGUUGUUGGAGAUUUUGGGUUGGCAAAGCUCCUGGAUCACCGGGAUUCUCAUGUGAGCACAGCCGUGCGUGGCACCGUUGGUCACAUAGCCCCCGAGUAUUUAUCAACAGGCCAAUCAUCAGAAAAAACUGAUGUGUUUGGGUUUGGGAUUUUGCUCCUAGAGCUAAUUACAGGUCAAAAGGCUUUGGACUUUGGACGGGUGGCCAAGCAAAAAGUUGUAAUGCUUGAUUGGGUAAAGAAGCUCCAUCAAGAAGGAAAGCUUAACCUAAUGGUGGAUAAAGAUUUGAAGAACAAUUUUGACAGGGUUGAGUUAGAAGAAAUGGUUCAAGUUGCCCUUUUCUCUACUCAAUUUAAUCCUUCUCACCGCCCAAAAAUGUCGGAAGUGCUAAGAAUGUUGGAAGGUGAUGGCUUAACUGAGAAAUGGGAGGACUCGCAAAAGUUUGAUACACCUAGGUGCCGAUCAAUCGAAAAUCCUCCCCAAAGAUAUUCAGAUUUCAUAGAAGAAUCUUCACUUGUGGAAGCAAUGGAACUUUCUGGCCCCCGGUGACAACCAUUUCUCUUUCUUCCCCUCGAUACUUUCCUUUUUACGUCAUUAAGUUGCAGAACUUGAAAGUGAGACAUAUUUGAGUGGUGUGAAUAGCAUGUAUUCUUCUGUAAAAGUAGAAGGGAAAGCCGUGUUUAAGCAUUUGGUUCCUUGUUGGCACAUUGGCUGAGUUGAUAGCGUUUUUGUUGAAAGUUCUUGUAAUCAUGCUACAAAAUUUGAAAUUUGUACGUAAUUACACUUGCACUAGGUGUGAGUGGCAACGAAAA